GGAGGCGGGGUCCUGGGACUGGCCGAGGCCUUUAGCUGCCAGCGCCUCCGCCCCGGCCUCGGAGGCUGUAGGCCGCUCCCAGGCUAAGGCGCCCCCGUCUGCGUCCUGCACCCCUGCGCCCCCAGCGCGAGCGGUCCUUUGCAGCAUGCUGUGGCGGAGCAGCCAAACGCUCCGGCGCUUCUCUACUGGCCGGGUAUAUUUCCAAAAUAAGCUGAAGUUGGCACUUAUUGGUCAGAGCCUUUUUGGACAGGAAGUCUACAGCCAUCUGUGCAGAGAAGGCCACCAAGUGGUAGGAGUCUUCACAGUUCCAGAUAAGGAUGGAAAAGCUGACCCACUGGCUUUGGCUGCAGAGAAAAAUGGGACCCCUGUGUUCAAGUUCCCUCGAUGGAGAGCCAAGGGCAAGACCAUAAAGGAGGUGGCAGAGGCCUACAGGUCCGUGGGUGCUGAGCUAAACGUGCUUCCCUUCUGCACACAGUUCAUCCCCAUGGAUAUAAUUGAGAGCCCAAAGCAUGGUUCCAUCAUUUACCACCCGUCCAUCCUUCCCAGGCACAGAGGAGCCUCUGCUAUCAACUGGACUCUAAUCAUGGGAGACAAGAAAGCUGGGUUUUCUGUUUUCUGGGCUGAUGAUGGUUUAGACACAGGACCCAUCCUUCUUCAGAGGUCAUGUGAUGUCCAACCCAAUGAUACAGUGGAUGCACUUUAUAAUCGAUUUCUUUUUCCGGAAGGAAUCAAGGCCAUGGUGGAAGCAGUCCAGCUCGUAGCUGAUGGAAAAGCUCCUCGUAUUCCCCAGUCGGAAGAAGGGGCAACAUAUGAAGGUAUCCAGAAAAAGGAAAAUGCUGAGAUUUCUUGGGAUCAAUCUGCUGAAGACUUACAUAACUGGAUCCGAGGUCAUGAUAAAGUCCCUGGAGCUUGGACAGAGAUAAAUGGACAGGUGGUCACUUUCUACGGCUCAUCAUUGCUGAAUAGCUCCGUCCCUCCUGGAGAACCACUGGAAAUUAAAGGUGCCAAGAAGCCCGGCCUUGUUACCAAAAAUGGACUUGUUCUUUUUGGUAAUGAUGGAAAAGCACUGAUGGUAAGAAAUCUGCAGUUCGAAGAUGGAAAAAUGAUCCCUGCCUCUCAGUACUUUGCAGCGGGUGAGACGUCAGUGGUGGAACUUACAGCCGAAGAGGUGAAGGUGGCGGAGACCAUCAAGGUCAUCUGGGCUGGAAUUUUAAGCAACAUCCCUGUUAUUGAAGAUUCAACAGACUUCUUUAAAUCUGGAGCAAGCUCGAUGGAUGUUGCCAGGCUGGUUGAAGAGAUCAGGCAGAAAUGUGGAGGGCUUCAGCUGCAGAAUGAAGAUGUUUACAUGGCCACCAAGUUUGAAGACUUCAUCCAGAAAGUUGUGCGGAAACUGAGAGGGGACGAUCAGGAAGAGGAGCUUGUGGUGGAUUACGUUUCCAAGGAGGUCAAUGAAAUGACAGUAAAAAUGCCAUAUCAGUGUUUCAUAAAUGGACAAUUCACAGAUGCUGAUGAUGGAAAGACCUAUGACACUAUCAACCCAACAGAUGGAUCUAUAAUAUGCAAAGUAUCCUAUGCUUCUUUGGUGGAUGUUGAUAAAGCAGUAGCCGCAGCAAAAGAUGCUUUUGAAAAUGGUGAAUGGGGAAGAAUGAAUGCACGAGAAAGAGGAAGAUUGAUGUACAGACUUGCAGACCUCCUGGAAGAGAACCAAGAAGAGCUGGCAACCAUUGAAGCCCUCGAUUCAGGGGCCGUCUAUACCUUGGCUCUGAAGACUCACAUCGGAAUGUCCGUGCAAACAUUUAGAUAUUUUGCUGGCUGGUGCGACAAAAUUCAGGGUUCUACAAUUCCCAUCAACCAGGCCCGUCCAAAUCGCAAUCUGACCUUCACCAAGAAGGAGCCAAUCGGUGUCUGUGCCAUCAUCAUUCCCUGGAACUACCCGCUGAUGAUGCUGGCAUGGAAAAGUGCUGCAUGUUUGGCAGCCGGCAAUACCUUAGUGCUCAAGCCAGCACAGGUCACGCCCUUGACUGCUUUGAAGUUUGCAGAGCUCUCUGUUAAAGCAGGCUUUCCGAAGGGGGUCAUCAACAUCAUUCCAGGCUCAGGUGGCAUAGCAGGACAGCGUCUUUCUGAACAUCCUGAUAUCCGCAAACUUGGUUUCACUGGUUCCACUCCGAUUGGCAAACAGAUCAUGAAGAGCUGCGCUGUAAGCAACUUGAAGAAAGUUUCCCUUGAACUUGGUGGCAAAUCCCCACUCCUAAUAUUCAAUGACUGUGAGCUUGACAAGGCCGUGCGAAUGGGCAUGGGGGCAGUAUUUUUCAACAAAGGAGAGAACUGUAUUGCAGCUGGACGGUUGUUUGUGGAAGAAUCCAUCCAUGAUGAAUUUGUGACAAGAGUGGUGGAAGAAAUUAAAAAGAUGAAAAUUGGUGAUCCGCUUGACAGAUCUACUGAUCAUGGGCCCCAAAAUCAUAAGGCUCAUCUAGAAAAGCCUCAGUACUGUGAAGCUGGAGUGAAAGAGGGGGCCACCUUGGUAUAUGGAGGAAGGCAAGUGCAAAGGCCAGGCUUUUUUAUGGAACCUACGGUCUUCACAGAUGUGGAAGAUCACAUGUAUCUUGCCAAAGAGGAGUCCUUCGGCCCCAUUAUGGUCAUUUCUAAAUUCCGAAAUGGGGACAUCGAUGGAGUGUUGGAGCGAGCAAAUAAUACCGAGUACGGCUUGGCCUCAGGCGUUUUUACACGAGACAUAAAUAAAGCCAUGUAUGUGAGUGAAAAACUGGAGGCAGGAACUGUUUUUAUUAACACCUACAACAAGACGGAUGUGGCGGCCCCUUUUGGUGGAUUUAAGCAGUCUGGUUUUGGAAAAGACUUAGGUGAGGAAGCUCUAAAUGAAUACCUCAGAACCAAGACAGUGACGCUGGAAUAUUAGAGCAGUCUGCCAUCAGGAACCCCUCACAGACGCACCGAUCCUCAGCCCCCCACACUGAAGAAGCCUGGGCGUGCUGAGGGAAGAGGUACCAGCCACCAGCUGAAAAAUCCACACACGGACCAUGAAGAUAGGCCACAGGUCUAAGCAUUUACACAUGCGCCUCAUUUUCUAAUACCGCUUGUAUACCUUAAAAUGAUUUGUUGGGUUUUGACUAUUGUGUAUUCCCACACAUGUUUCUAAAAUACCAGGCUCCUUUUUAUUUUUUUCCCCACCAAGACUAACCUGGUCAUGGUUGCUCAUCUUGAAAGCAUCAAUACCAGGCAGUUCUCACACAGAAGGUGCAUUUUUGGGAACCCUCAUAUAAUAUACACAGGUUUUAACCUCUGAACGAGGCAUAUAGGGUUAUUAAAAAGAUUUUCUAUAAUUUGGCUCUCAAGGAACAGUAUAUCCUCUAAGGAAUAUGUCAAGGCAGUUCUUUGGUUGGGGGGAAUAAGAUACAUCUUUGUGCCUUUGAUGUCUAUUUUUUCCACGUGAUGUGUGAUCAACCCAGAAGCAGUUCUUGAAUACCUACUAAAUACAAGGUACUAUAUUACAUCCUGAGCAUAUACAGACUUUAAUGAUAUGAUCUUUGGCCCCCAGUAGUUUAAAUUCUAGUCAAUAACUUAUUUUUUAUUUUUAUUUUUUUUUGCUUUUUAGGGUGGGACGUGUGGCAUAUGGAAAUUCCUGGGCUAGGGUCAAAUCAGAGCUGCAGCUGCCAGCCUACACCACAAUCACAGCAAAGCAGGAUCUGAGCUGCAUCUGUGACUUAUGCCACAGCUCAUAGCAAUGCCAGAUCCUUAAACCACUGAGCAAGGCCAGGGAUGGAACCUGCAUCCUCAUGGUUAUUAGUUGAGUUCGUUACCACUGAGCCAAAGGGGAACUCUGGCUUUUAGUGAAGUUUAUAGUAUGAUGCAUUAUAAAGUGAACAGCUUUUGGAGGCUGAUCUGAUCUUGGUUCAUAUCAUACCACUAUAUGACUUUGGGGAGUUACUGCAACUUCUCUGAAUUUCAGUUUCCUUAUAUGUAAAAUGGGGACAAUACUGCCCCCCUCAGGAGCCUUAAUCAGAGGGUCCAAUGCAGUAAUCUAAAGCACCCUGCACUGUGCUUUAUUCAUAGGACAUUUGGUUUUCCAUUUUUUUACCUACUGGUUCUGCCACUCACUGGUUGUGUGAUCUUGGGCAAGUUAGUUACCAAAUAUCUCAAAGCCCAGUUUUGGAAUCUAUAAAAUAAAGUUCCUAUCUCACUAGGUAUUGUAAGGAUCCCGUGGGAUAAUAUACAUAAGGCACUUAACAAGGUGUUUGGACCAUAGUCUGUGCUCAAGAAAUGGGUAUUAUUAUAGCCCAUGCACAUAAUUCCCCAUUGUCAGACCAAAACCGGUUCUUACCAUCCACGCAUGACUAGAAGAUGAGGUCCUAUCGCAGAGUCUCUGGAAGCUGGUCAGAGCAGUUAACUUCCAUUAAUCUUCUUUUUAAAGUAAAAUUUCAGUAAACAUUCCUAUCUGUCUGGCUUUGAAGAAGCCUUUAGGGCUUAACUGUCACUUUGGGCAGUUGGCACCUUACCGUAAGAGGAAUGUAGGGAGUCAGUAAUCAAUGAAAACAAUAACAAAGUCAGGCAGAAAACAUUCAAAAGGAAGGAUACCAGGUAUGAUCCUGGCCUGAUCAAUACAGCAAAUUUGGCCUCUAAGCGUUUUUUAUUAUACUAUGGCUCAUUCUUCAUCAGAGCUUGGCACAGGUGGAAUUCUAAAUUUGGACCCAGUCCAAAUUUCAUAUUGACAGUUCAUAUUUGAAUAAAAUGACAAUGUUCUUAUUAUAAAGGAACCAUUUUUAAAUGCAGUGUUUUAACUGAUUUCAUGUGAUUUAAAAUAUCACUUUACCAGAUAUUUUAAUGAUAGAUGAAAUGGCAAGCAAAAAACAUGCCCGUUUCUUCUGGAUUGAUUUUUAGCCUCUAAUCAUAAUCUCAGAAGGAGUAUUAUAAUCGUCUUUGGACCAUAAACCUCUUUGAGAAUCCGAUGCAAGCUAUGCAUUCCCCAGAUUCACACAUACACACCUAGUUCUGCAAAUAUCUUCAAGAGAUUCAUUACCUCCCCAAUAUUUGAGGUCCAGAUUAAGAACUCCCUUUUCCACAGUGAGUUCUAAAGUUCUUAGCAGCUUGAGUUUUUAUAUCCAAUUGCUGACCAGAAGCAAAAGCUCUGUGGGAUUUAUACAAUGAUCAGUGAACUUGAGUUCUGAGUUGGAACAUAAGGACCCCCAGCCUACUGGGUGAUUCAGUUAACACACUCAGGAAUUAAAUCAUCACCAUUUCUUUAGAUCACUGAUUAUUUUGCUAAACUAAAGGAUAAAGCUGUGCUCCGUCACCCACACUGGGGAGUUGGGGCAGUGUGGACACUGUGAAAAUGUUCUACUUUAAAUACCAUUUCCCUGUGUCUUUCUUUGCUAAAGCAGUGCCCCUUCUGCUGAAACGCACUUCCUGGCCUUUCCUACCCCCGACUUGGGCUUAAGUGUCUCUCCUCUAUACUCUCACUUGUCUGGAACAUAGUACUUACCACUUGGUGCUGAAAUUAUUGGUCUUCCUAAUUAGAUGUAAGCACCUCUCCCCCACCCCCCAGCAUUGGCAUCUGUCAAUAAUAAAAACAGCUACCAUUUAUGGAGGGGCUUCUGUGUGCUAGUCACUAUACUAAUUUACUUAAUCUCGACAUCUGAAAAGACAAACAAAUUGAGGUGCUCUAUUAACUGGCUCCACCACUACCAAGGGGGUUAUUGCUGAAUCUCUCAGCUGGCCUUCCUGAUGUCUCCCGUGUGGUUCUGUUCAAAGCUUAGGUCAGAUGUCACUCUGCUCAAAACCCAUUUCACUUAAAGUUCAGUGCACUUACCAUGGUCUACAAAGUCCUUUCAGUUUUGUUCCUGGCUACCCCUGACCUCACCUCCUAUCAACUGCUCUCUCAUUCUGUUUAGGCACCCUGAUUGACGCCUUGUUCUUCAAACAGAUCAAGCACACCCCUACCUCAGGGCCUUUGCACCUACUGCUCCUUCUUCCCAGUGGUGUGCUGGUAAAUGUUUAGUAAGGGGCUCUCAGGGGGAGUGGAGGCACGGAAUGACUCUGAUUUGUAGCAUUUGCUUUUCUGUGCAUAAAUGCUGUCAUCACGGUUGCUAUCAAGCUAUAAACUUGACUUCAGUGAACUCUGAGUUGUGAAGAGAUGCGUGUAGUUAGGAUAAGUGUGGGCCAGUGCCAGCACACCACUGCCUCUCCCUCAAACUCCUCACACACUGUCUCUCAGCUGGCUGCCUCACUUCCUCAGGACUCUGCUCAAAUAUCAUCUCAGUAGAGAUCCAUUCCUGACCACUUUUCUUAAAAUAGCACAUGUGCCCCCACAUUCAUACCUCAUCACACCUCUCAUUCUUUAUCCUCCUUCUCCUGUGUUAUUUUCAUAACAUCACAACCUGGCACAUAAUCAUUCCCAUCAAUCUCUUCCCAUUGGAAUGUAAGCUUCAUGAACAGGUGCUUAUUUUGUUCAGUGCUGUAUCUCCAGUGAUUAAAACAGAGGAGGAGCUCAAUAUAUAUCUGCUUUCAAAUAAAAGAGUUUAGGUAACCUGCCCAGAUGACACAGCUAUUAAGUGGCAGUACAGGCACUCAAGCAAUUAAGCCGGUAGUCUUGACCAAGUUAAGAGGCUGUUACUGCCAAAGCCUAAUCUGGCCCUGGGUGAUGAAUACUAAGCGCAUGUUAAAUAUUGGUCAAACUGAAAGGCUAAGCAGGGUGGACAUUAACUGCAAGUGCUUUUGUGGAAGUGACUAGAGACAGGGUGAGGAACCAGAUUGGUUCCCCCGUACCUGCCUUCUAAGAAAAUAAAAGAUACCAAGGGAAACCUGGGCUAGAAGUAGAUUAUCAGGCAUAAGACAUGAUGGAUAGGGUGGAUUAUAAUCAUUACUGUUAUGCAAAUAAAUGCAAAUGUUUAAAAAUGAUUAAUACUUAAUUUUGUAAAAAUAACAAAAUGGGAACGUAAGAUUCAACCAUAAACUCUCUGAAUAACCAUAAAUGAUACUUGAGAUUGUUCCAGAUUUUUUUAUGAAUAUAUAUAACACUUUUAGAACUAGCAUAAUACUGGACAUAACUUUACCUUUUUUCAAUUAACAGUAUGUAAGCAUCUUUCUGCAUCAAUAAACAUACCUCUGCAUAUGUU